UCCCCUUCUAUUCCCUUCUGCCUCUCUUGUACCCUUCGUUAUAUUCUCUUCAGUCUUUCAAAAGUAUUUUCUUUUUCUUCUUCUUCUCGAUCAAAUCGAUAUUUGUAUAAAGCCCAAAGAAUCAUCAGAAGCAUCAAUCAGCCAUGACGCUUGGCUCAGGAGGAUCUAGUGUUGUGGUCCCUCGCAAUUUCAGAUUACUGGAGGAACUUGAACGUGGGGAGAAGGGUAUUGGAGAUGGGACAGUGAGCUAUGGUAUGGAUGAUGGAGAUGACAUUUAUAUGCGUUCUUGGACUGGCACCAUUAUUGGUCCUCACAAUUCUGUGCAUGAAGGCCGCAUUUAUCAGUUGAAGCUAUUCUGCGACAAGGAUUAUCCGGAGAAGCCACCAAGUGUCCGUUUCCACUCUCGAGUUAACAUGACGUGUGUCAACCAUGAAACAGGAGUGGUGGAGCCAAAAAAAUUUGCUUUGCUUGCAAAUUGGCAGCGAGAGUACACUAUGGAGGACAUACUGACUCAACUGAAAAAGGAGAUGGCUUCUCCCCACAACCGUAAGCUAGUUCAGCCACCCGAAGGCACCUAUUUCUAGCGUUAAGGGCAAUAACGUAUAGGUCUUGUCAACUCUGUGCGAAAUUGUACUGCUGUGUUGUCAUACUGGGAAUUAAAAUGUAAAGGGGGUGAAUUCCUGAAGAGGCUUCUCCUCUUACCUCACAAUGGCAUCUUGAUCACCCCCUCUGCUUUUCGUUUUCUAAACUUUCGUCUAUGCUUGCUGUUUGAUUAAUGAAUCUGGUUCUUGUGCUA